AUGUCGGUUGGGAGACUGGUCGAGGAAUCGGUCAAAGGGAUGGGUAGUAUGCAUGUGAAGUUUGCGUCAGUUCAUAUCAUUAUCAAGAUGGGAGAAGAAAUGCCAGAAAUUGUUGCAUUUAUGAAGCUGGCAUUAGAACAGGCUAAAAUUGCAUUUGACAAUCUUGAGGUGCCUGUGGGCUGUGUUAUUGUUAUGGAUGGGAAGGUCAUAUCAUGUGGAAGAAAUCGGACUAAUGAAACAAGAAAUGCUACAAGACACGCUGAAAUGGAAGCUAUUGAUGUUUUGCUUGAGGAGUGGAAAGAAAAGGGACUUACAAAACAUGAAGUUGCUGAUAUGUUCUCAAAAUGCUAUCUUUAUGUUACAUGUGAACCAUGUAUAAUGUGUGCAUCUGCCUUAUCAUUUAUUGGUAUAAAAGAGGUGUACUAUGGUUGUUCCAAUGAUAAAUUUGGAGGGUGUGGAUCAAUAUUAUCCUUGCAUACAAAUACAACUACAUCCGAUAGUGGUGAAGAUGUUGGGAGAAAAAGUUACAAAUGCACGGGUGGGAUAAUGGGUGAAGAAGCAGUUUCUCUUUUUAGAAACUUUUAUGAACUUGGAAACCCUAAUGCUCCAAAACCUCAUCGCCAGCCCAUUCAACAACCAUGACAUCAAAAUGGUGUUUUAGUACUUUUUAAAAAAUGCAUGUUUCUUGCAUCUUGUAACUACUAUCUGGUUAUUGUUUAAUCAAAUUGUUACAAUAAUUUGUGGCAUCAGCAACAAGUCAUCAUUGGAUUCAAAAUUGUGAAAUUUCAAAAAUAUUGAACAAAAAGAUACAGGAA